AUUUGUGUCCGCAGAAGAAACGAGAGAAGAGAGAGAAGAGAGAGAAGCAAAGUCCUUACCAAAAAUAUUUAUAACACAAACAUCUAGAGAGAGAGAGAGAGCUUGUGGAGAUAAUAACAAUGGGGAAGAAGAAGUGCGAGUUAUGUUGUGGAGUAGCGAGAAUGUAUUGUGAGUCAGAUCAAGCGAGUUUAUGUUGGGAUUGUGACGGUAAAGUUCACGGAGCUAAUUUUCUGGUGGCGAAACACACGCGUUGUCUUCUUUGUAGCGCGUGUCAGUCACACACGUCUUGGAAAGCUUCUGGCCUUCGUCUUGGCCCAACUGUUUCUAUCUGUGAGUCUUGUUUAGCUCGUAAGAAGAAUAACAGCUCCGUCGCCGGAAGGAUCCAGAAUCUGAACCAAGAAGUGAUCAUUGGUUGUGACGACGGAGCAGAAUCUUAUGACGAGGAAAGCGAUGAGGAUGAUGAAGAAGAAGAAGUGGAGAAUCAAGUUGUGCCGGCGGCGGUAGCGGAAGAACUUCCGGUGGUGAGUUCGUCGUCUUCUGUUAGUACCGGCGACGGAGAAGUGGUGGUGAAAAGGAUGAGACUUGAUUUAGAUCUUAACCUCUCCGAUGAGGAGAACGAAUCUCGACCGUUGAAAAGAUUAUCGAGAGACGAAGCUUUGUCUAAAUCAACGGUUGUGAUGAACUCAGUCGUGAAAUUACAAGAAGGGAGGAGAAAAUCAGAGGGAUGUUGUGAUACAUCAUCGUCGUCUUCAUUUUAUUGAAAUCUUCAACAAAAGUAGAGAUUUUUAGCCGUUGAUGAUUCUUUCGUUGGUUGAUUAGAUUAAUGCUCACCGUUCAUUACUAACAAAACUUUUUAGUGAGU